AUGCGCACCGCUACUCUGUCUGCUGCCGCCGUUCUGGCGGGCUCCGCCAUGGCCGCCGAGUGCGCCAAGGGCCUGCACAUCAUCGUCGGUCGCGGCACCUUUGAGCCCACGGGUCUCGGCGAGACGGGCGCCCUGGCGAAAAACAUUAGCAAUGUCAUUCCUGAUUCCAGCAUUGUCGCCGUCAACUACCCUGCCACCUUGUCGAACCCCAACUACGACGUGUCGGAAAAGAAUGGCACCCAGGAUGUUUACGACAAGGUCACCAAGUACCACCAGGAUUGCCCCGGCCACAAGAUGGCGUACCUCGGCUGGUCUCAAGGCGCCCAGAUUGCCGUCAACGCGUUUUGCGGCGGCCAAGGCGGCAUCUUUGGCGACAAUGCGCCCAUUCCUGCUGACGCCGUCAAGGACGUUGUCGCCAUUGCCAUUUUUGGCGACCCCAGCUUCAACCACACUGCUCCCUAUACCAAGGGCACCAGCACUGCCGAUGGCCUCUUUGUCCGCAAUGGCAUCGGUGCCUGCGCCAACUUUACCGACAAGAUUGUCUCGUACUGCGACACUGGCGACGUGUACUGCAACAGCGGAAACAACUCCAAGGUUCACGGCCUGUACCUGGUCAAAUACCCCGAGCAGAUGGAGAAGUUUGUCCUCGACGGAUAUGACAAGGCCACCGGCAACAGCACCGGCGGUAGCAACACGACGACGACGACGACGACGACUGCUGGUCCCACGACGACUGCCGGUGCAACAAGCAGCGGCAGCGGUAGCGCUACUUCGGGCGCCUCGGCCACGCCCACAACAGCUGGUAACAAGAACGCCGCUGCUGGCAUGUCGACUGGCCUGAAGUAUGCUGUGCCUGCUGCCCUAGUUGCUGCUGCGCAGAUGCUUCUGUAA